UCCCAACUUUUCAUCUUUUUUUUUCUUCUAUUUCUCUAUCUUUGCAUCUUCUCUCUCGCCUCUUCUUCGUCUCCGGACUCGGUUCUCUGAAUUUCUUCUACUUGAACUAUUCAUUAAUCAUUCCCCCUCGUCUCUUUUAUAGUAAUGCGGAAAGCAGAGUAAAAUCGGGUACUCAAGAGGAGAGAUAAGAUGUUGACGGAAGCGAACAGCAUGUCGCGGUCUAAAACUGGUAAUGCCGCACAUUCUGAUCCAAACAUUCCUACUCCCCCUAACGAAGAGGAAUUCGCCGCCCGCAACAGCAGCGAGUCCGGGACAAGCCCCGGUUACUACGACAACCCAAUCAGCGCAGAUAGCUCUCCCAUGAUCAUGUCCCCAUGGAAUCAGGCUUCUCCUCUCGCCAAGUCUCCAUGGUCCAGAUCCUCUCCUGUUAGUCCCUUCGAUGAGAAUUUCCCUCCCAACGGUCUAAUCGGAUCCCUCGUCCGCGAAGAAGGCCACAUAUACUCUCUGGCCGCUACCGGCGACUUACUCUAUACUGGAUCUGACAGCAAGAACAUUCGCGUCUGGAAAAACCAGAAGGAAUUCUCCUGCUUCAAAUCUACCAGUGGAUUAGUUAAAGCCAUUAUAAUCUCCGGCGAUAAGAUUUUUACCGGUCACCAGGACGGUAAGAUUCGAGUCUGGAAGGUGUCCCCCAAGAAUCCCAGCGUUCACAAACGCGUCGGAACUCUCCCCACUCUGAAGGACUUCAUCAAGAGCUCGCUCAACCCCAGCAAUUACGUCGAAGUGAGGCGUAAUAAGAACGGACUCUGGAUCAAGCAUUUCGACGCCAUUUCCUGUCUGAGCUUGAACGAGGAUCAAGGAAUUCUCUACUCGGCUUCUUGGGAUAAAACCAUCAAAGUGUGGAGGAUUUCAGAUUCCAAAUGCUUGGAGUCCAUCAUCGCACACGACGACGCGGUUAACUCGGUCGUUGCCGGCUUCGAGGGUUUAGUCUUCACUGGAUCGGCUGACGGCACCGUCAAAGUUUGGCGGAGAGAGCAACAAGGCAAAGGGACAAAACACGUGCUUAUGGAGACGUUGCUGAAACAAGAAUGCGCGGUAACGGCAUUAGCCGUUAAUCCGUCAAUGACCGUCAUAUACUGCGGUUCGUCGGACGGACUCGUCAACUUCUGGGAGCGUGAGAAACAACUCGCUCACGGUGGAGUGCUUAAAGGCCAUAAGAUGGCCGUCCUGUGUUUGGCAGCCGCCGGGAACCUUGUUUUCACCGGGUCUGCUGACAAGACGAUCUGCGUGUGGAGGAGGGAGAGUGGAGUUCACACGUGUCUGUCGGUGCUAACGGGACACAAUGGCCCUGUUAAGUGCCUUGCUGUCGAAGUCGAUCGUGAAUCAACGGCUGGCGAUCAACGUUGGAUCGUUUACAGUGGCAGCCUCGACAAAUCGGUGAAGGUUUGGCAGGUUUCCGAUCAGCCACCGGAUUUACAUCAAAUGGCGGCCAUCCAGCAGCACAUGUCCGAGAAUUUUGCUCAUUCGGAGUCCUUACCGUCGACACAGUAACGUGGGACUCGGACUCGGAAGCGAGAGCAGUCGUCGGGGGCCGAACCCGAACCGAAUCGUUGGUAUUAUUUCGUUACAUACACUUGCCACGUGGCAAAUAUUCAUGAAUAGCUAGUGAAUCAAUGAAAAGAAGCGUAUCCUAAAAAUGGCGGACCGCACUCCGCAGCAGAGGCGAUUCUUUUACCUGUUACAUUAAUUACUGUUCCAUUGACACGUGUCGUAGAAGGCCUUUCGCACGCAGUAGAUAUCAACUCGUACAAAAGCGGCCUCAAUUUGACGAUACGUGACACGAGAAGGAAGGGUGAGAGUUCGAUGGAAAACAUAUAUUCUUUUUUUUUUUCUAUUUGUUAAUAUUAUUUUAAAAAUUUAAAUAUGAAUAUAAUGAUGCCGGUUUAAAAUUGUUAAGAAAAUGAAAGUGAAGGAGUGCUGAGAAUGAUGAUGGGCCGGGGGAAUUUUUAAAUAAGAAUUUAUUUCCUUGAUAAACUGUGGAAAAAUGUAAUAUUUGUAUUUUUUUUUUCAUUUUUUUCUGUUUUCUUCUCAAGGAUUGAGGAGGAUGCUGUAUACGAGUUGGAUUUGUUUGCAUUUAUGGAAUUGUAUUGUAUAGUCAAAACUCUUGUCCAUAUUAUGAAUACAAUCAGAAUAUAUAAGAACUUUGGCUUA